AUGGCGCUCGGCAAAAAGGCCUACCCGAAGGCCACGGUGAAGAAGAUUAUCAAGGCGCAUUCCAAUCACAACCUCAAGAAGAAUGCCGACGUAACGAUCUUCCUCGACUACGUCCUGUUCAUGGAAUCGCUAGUAAAAGAAGCUGCGAUUCAAUCCAAGAAGUCUGGCGAGCGAGGGUUGUCGGCGCGAAGUGUUAAGAAGGUGACCAGGGAUGCCUUGGCCAAGUUCAAGGGAUGA